AUGAGAUCUUUUCUGUCUUCAAAGCACCUCGGCAAAUCAAAUACUGCCUCUGCGGAAGAGGAGCGGCAGCACUUGUUGUCUGUUUCGAAAAGCGACUCUGCUUCAGAGUACUUCGUCGACUUGCCAACCGGAGACUGUAAAUCAACGUCAAAGCCUGUGAAGCCUGUUCCAAGGCGACGAGAUAUUGUCAUGGAUGGUGGGCUCUUAGCUGAGCAGUACUUCUCGCUGCACGUGUGCGAGGCACCGUGCCUGAAAUUGAGCCUAUGGCUGACGCACCCAAAGGGACGUGCCUUGUGCAUAAGCUGUGUCGACACCCACAGGAUCGCAAUGGUCGUGCCAAAAUUAGCUACACGCGCGAGGACAGAUAGAUGGGAUACCGCUACGUUGUGCCAGCUGGUCACUGAGACCUGGUGGUCUAUGGGCUUCCGACACACGCUUAACACUAAAGAGAGGAUUACUUUCAUAUGCGUUAUCCGGUUCGCGAUAUACGUCCUUGCACUCGAUGCAGGCUUGAACUUGGAUUGA